GAGAGAGAGAAUGUGUGACUGACUGAACAGUCUGGCCCCACCAGGCUGGCUUGUGGUUCAGUCUUCAGAUUUCUUUGUGGGGGUGGCAUCUACAUUUGCACCCCACCAUUAUCAUCAUGAUAUUCUGGAUACUCGCUGCUCUCAGCUUCAUUCAAGCUGCUGAAAUAACAGAAAACAAGAUUUUAGUGGAACAGCCACCUCGAAUCAUGGCAGCUAAUGAAAAUGCUACCUUGGCUUGCAAAUAUGCCUAUAAUGGAACUGGGAACGAAUUCAGAGCAUCACUGAAUAAAGGAACAGACAGAGCUGUUGAAGUCUGCUCUGUUUCCUGGAAUGGUUCCUUCCAUAACCAUCAUACAAAUAAAGAUUUCAACUGCCUUGUUGCAGUUGAUAGCCAUAAAAAGGAAGUGAAUUUCAGUCUUUGGAAGCUGAAUACUGACCAAACAGAUAUUUACUUCUGCAAAAUUGAGGUCAUGUUUCCACCUCCUUACAUCUCCAAUGACAAAAGCAAUGGGACUGUCAUUCACGUGAAAGAGAAGCUCUUCCAAUUACCAGUAUUUCAAUCUGCAACACCCUUUUGGGCUGUGGUGGUGACUCUUGGAUUUCUGGCUUUCUACAGUGUGCUAAUAACUGCGGCAUUUGUUAUCUGCUGGUGGAAAAACAAGAAGAACAGAAUCUUGACGAGUGACUACAUGAACAUGACGCCACGCCAUCCUCCUGGCCCAAAGAACAAGCAUUAUCAACCCUAUGCACCAACUCGGAUACACACGGAAUACCGCUCUUGGGAACCAUGACUAUCUGCUUACCAAGCUGCUAAUAUCGCUGGUGUGCUUUUACUCUGCCACGUGCACUUCGACGUGAAAGGACAGCCUGCCAUUAGUUUGUCAUAUCUUAUAUUUGAUGACAUCAUAGCAAGUACCGGUCACACUUAAAACUGUGUAAAAGUAGGUUGUUUUCUAUGAUGGCUGAAAACUAGCUACAACUCAUGUUCAAGCUUGAUGGUGGGUAAGGGGGAAAGAUAACACUGGAUCCAGUACAGGGUAUAUUGUUCACCGUUGCAACUACCAAUCUUUCCCAAUCACUUUUGCCUUAUAUUGAACAUUAAUUUCUAGUCAGAAGUAUGUUUAACUUGAAGAAUUAUAAAUCUCUGAAAUACAGUCCUAAUUGGUUACCAUUACAUAUGGGACCAAGUAAACUGUUGAUGUAAAAAUUGGUCCCCUCUCACUUCAAAGAGGAGAAUCCAGUUUCAAGUUCCAAACAUGUGCUUAAAAGAAUAGGAGAGGGUUUCAGCUGUAGGGAAAAGUCAGCUGCUAGCCAUGUGGACUAUUAGAUUAUUCCACAGAUGGGCUGUAGUGACAGAUCCAGGACACUCAAAAUCCACUAUACAUUGAAAGUGCAAUUCUUAAAUUCUUAAACUGGUUACUGUGUAAUAUCUGUAGGGGAAGAGGGCCCCCUAUGAAACUAUUUCAUACAGUGAGAAAGCAACCAAUCUGCAAGGCAGGUCUGGAACAACAGGGGAUGAAGAAAGAUCUGCAGUCAUCACGAAGAGAACUCUUUUGAAUUAAGUUGGCCUACAACAAGAAAACACCAGGACUUGGCCAAAGUCAUAGGAGAAGCAGGUGAGAAAAUCCUCAUUAGAGUUUACUGAGGGUAGAAUUUCAAAAGUGGGCCGGAUUUUUGAGUGCCCAGCACACACAAUCGGGGCCAGAUUUUUAGCUGAGCUGAGAACCCAGUGUGCACACAACAUGCUGAGCUCUCCUGAAAAUCUGUCCAUGUAUUCUGGUGCCUAAAUAGCAGCUGAGCUUUUUUAAAAAUCUGGCCACAAUGUUGUGUGAUCAGAUCAUUUGAAAUUUGCUCCUACACACCCUAUCAUUGGAGGGUCUGAGUGACCUCAACGCCCAUUGCAGUCAAGAGGAACUGAAAGCUCUCAGCACUUUACAGGAGCUGUUCAGUACCUUGAAGGAUCAGGCUCUGACUGGGGCCUACUGUUCUUAUAUAGACUUUUCUCUAGGCAUGUUCCAUGGAGGAGUAAAACAAGGGCUAGAAUAAAACUCGUUCAGUGAUCAUAGAAUAUCAGAGUUGGAAGGGACCUCAGGAGGUCAUCUAGUCCAACCCCCUGCUCAAAGCAGGACCAAU